CCAACAUGGCGGCGCCCCGCGGCCGCGGCUCACUUCCGCCCGUGCGGGGAACCCCCGUAGCGGAUAUAGCGGCUCCCGCUUCCGGUUUGGCCCCUUUUCGGUCGCGGCUGCCUCCACGCCAACAUGCCUCUGGCGAAGGACUUGCUGCACCCUUCCCCGGAGGAGGAGAAGAGGAAGCACAAGAAGAAGCGGCUGGUGCAGAGCCCCAACUCCUACUUCAUGGACGUCAAGUGCCCGGGUUGUUACAAGAUCACUACGGUGUUUAGCCACGCUCAGACAGUGGUUUUGUGUGUGGGCUGCUCGACCGUGCUGUGCCAACCCACGGGGGGCAAGGCGAGGCUGACAGAAGGCUGCUCUUUCAGACGAAAGCAGCAUUAAGUGAAGGGCGCGGGGGAAUGGAUGUGACAACUCGCCCAGAGCGCGAGCAGGGGCUGCCGCCGCAGAACCCCGUCUCCAGGCCUGACCCGAGUGCGCUGGCAGGUGUGCAUCCGUGGAACGCCGGCCACGAAUGUGACAUUCGUAUUGUUGCUACAGCCCCGCCCAUCUCGCUGUCAAUAAAUUUUGGAUAAAAUACAUACAAA